GUUAGUUUCGUUUUUCAUGAAACGGGUCACGUGUGGCGCACAGAACAGUUUCAUUUUACCAGAAGUGCUGCAGAAAAUCAGACAGCAAGAACUGCAGGAAGUUAGAGCCACGGGCAGAGUCAUUUUUUGUUGUUUUAAGUCAGAUUUGGUCCAGAUUCGUUUUUCUUAUUUUAGUUUUGCCUUCUGCAGAAGAUGAAUUCAACCUCAGCUAAAGACCUGAGAAUCGUCCUCCUGGGAAAAACCGGAUCUGGUAAAAGUGCAACAGGGAACACCAUCCUGAAAAGGGACGCCUUCAUUGCAGAGAUGUCUCCUUCCUCCGUGACUAAAGUAUGCCAAAAAGAAGCCAUCCAUCUGGAUGAGCGAACAGUGACUAUCAUUGACACUCCUGGUGUGUUUGACACAUCGAAUACAACAGAGAAAAAACUGAAGAGUGAAAUAGAGAACUGCAUCAUGCUGUCUCUCCCUGGACCACAUAUAUUCCUGCUAGUCAUCAGUCUCUCUGCACGCUUCACAUUGGAGGAGAAAAAUGCCAUCAACUGGAUCACGGACAACUUCGGCGAGGAAGUCUCGAAGUACACAAUCGUUGUUUUCACCGGGGGGGAUCAGCUCAAAGACACCAUUGAGAACUAUUUGCACAAAAGCCCUGAGAUGAGGAAGCUGACCAGUGAGUGUAAAGCUGGAUAUGUUGUGUUUGACAACACGUGCAAAGGAAAUCGCACUCAGGUGGCUGAUCUGUUCGAGAAAAUAGACAGUACGUUCCAGUUGAACGGAGGUCAUUACACCAGCGAGAUUUACAAACAGGCCCAGAAUAAACUAUGGUGGCACCAGGCCAGGUCCUCUGUGGGGACUGCAGGAAAUUAUUUACUGUGUGCAGCAGCAAGCGCAGCUGCGCCUGCUAUCGGUGGUGCUAUAGUGGCAGAGGAAGUCGCAGCUUCAUCUAUACCACAAAUGUUGGCUCUUGGAGGUGCAGCGAUCGUGAAAGGUGUUGGAUGGUUAAUCAGAUCUGGAACAGGCAAAAACUAAGGUUAUUCAGAAAGUGACUGGACUGUAGUCAUACAUGUAGUGCUUUUACACUUAUGCAUGCUCUUUAGUAACGAAUUGGGAAUAUUUUAAUUUCAAUUUUGCUUUCAAUAUGUUUGUUAUCUAUGUGAUUCUAAUUUUUAAAUGUUGUGAUUUAUGCCAGAUAAUGAAGACAUACUUCUAUCUCGAUCGUGAUGGACAAUACACCUAUCUAAUCACUGUAAUAAUGUAUCAAUUAUGUGUGGUAAGCAUUACUUUAUAUUUCUGUUUUAUUUGAAAAUAAAAAAUACAUAAAUGGAUGUUUU